UUGUGUAUCUAGUUGAGUUCUUCAGAGAACAUUCAAUGUACACGUUAGACCGUCGCAGUGUACAUCAGGAAACAGACACAGCUAGUGUCCACUGCACAUAGACUGUAGAAAAUGUGACAAAUCCUUGUAUACAGAGCAAACACAUUAUCAGGCAACCAGUUAUUGUGCUGAUAGCAGUAUACUGUCCUGCUCACCCCCACAAGAGACCUGCAGUCAGGAUGCUCUGUGGCCCAAGGUGACCGGUCAUUUGGUACAGAACCCUUACACGUAUGGACGGGGUCAGAAAUGCCACCGGGCAGGAAGAUCGUGACACCGGACUGUGGAAUUUGGAUUACCUGAUCACCUGCUUCGCAGAAGAAAAAAUCUGCGUGUCGUUUGGUUUGUGGCUGCUGUCCUGCUUGUUCUGGUUUACGUCAUUUUCUCUACAUUUCUACUUACGAUGCAAAAGAAAAUCCAGGCAUGAGGAAUCAAUAUUUUGGAAUAUUUAUAGCUUUUUUGGCUCCAUGUGUAAUGCAAUUGGAUCUCUUUUGGCAAAGCAGCUCACAAUACAGGUCAUCACUGGAGCUUAUAUGGCAUUAUCAGAUGUUAUAGACUUUAUACUUACUUUGUUUCCAGUAUGCACAUCCAGCUACAGAGUGAGAGCAAGUCAUCAGCCUUCCAGAAGAAAAAGACACCGCAAACCGGUCCUAUCUGCCCUUACAUACUGUGUGAUGAUAAGUCUUGGGUACUACUCUCUCUAUGUAAGAGCCCCUCUACUUCCUGAAGUAUCUCAUGGUCCUCAAAGAAAGCUGCUUGAGAGUGUACUGCAGGAACGUAUAGAUGUUGUGGGAUUUACUCUGGGGAUCAUUGCAGUCCUGGUGUCCUGGACAGUUCGAGUACCUGUCAUUACAAAAGUGUGCAAAGGAAUGGUGUUCCCAGUAAUUCAGGUCUGGGCUGUCCUCUUCUCUGCUUUGGCAAGCAUUAUGUAUGCGGCUGCCAUCAUGUCACAUGACCGACAUCAGGAGUACUAUGUGAGAGCAAUUCCUUGGUUCCUUAUCUCAAUGGGCACCGCUGCUCUGGAUGUUGCUCUGAUGUUCCUUUCAUGUAUGAUGAAAAAUAAGCUGAUACAGCAGAUGGGUCCUGUGAUGGAUGUCACACUGGAUGACGAGAGCUGUAAACUGGUGGCACAUAUGGAAGAAUCUAAACCUGGAGCACCUGGAGGCCUCAUAAAUAUAGACAAAGAGAGGCUACAUUGGACUCCAUUAAAUAUGCUUCCUAAUAGAAGUCUUAACACAGGACCAUCUUUGGGACAUUACAUGAAGCUCCGUAUUCAGCAGGUGCAAGAGGAUGGGGUCGGAGCAGUGAGAUUGCCGGGAGAUGGCCAGACCAAUCCUGGGACCAUUCAUAAUAAGGAACCACUCCGUUACCUUGAUUUGCCGCGGUAUCCGCCCACUUGUAUUUCACACUACUCUUCCAGCUCUUCUGACAGGUCCUCUAACACAACUGAUCUGGAGUGGGAUUUUGAAGAUUUAGAUCAAAAUUGGAAUACGGACUCUGAAGUUCCAAGUAUCCAGCCAAGUGACAGCUCUGUUCUAAAUGUUGCAAGUUGUAAUUCUGAAUUGCAGUUUACAUCCACUCUCUGGCCAAGAUAAAAAAAAACUUUGAAAUCAAUAAUGGCAAAAAGAAAACACAACUUGCAGCCAUGGCAAAGACAGAACAGAAGUGAAAACAGCAUAAUAGCUUCCCUUGUCAAUGGGCUAAUUAUGUUUUUUCAUUCAAGUGUAUCACUGUCACUGGCUUAAAGUAUGAUUUGAUGUAAAGACUGUAAAGAUUGUACUACAUUCAAACAGGUUUUGAAGCCCAGAAGAGUUUAUACUUUAUCUUCUGCCUCAUAUAAAUUAAUCAUCACCCGGUGAACAAUUUGCUUGUACUACAAGCAUGGUCACUUAUUUUUUGCAAGCCUGUAGCUUGUAAAUCUUCACCAGGCCACACCUCGUCAUGUCCACUUCUUUCUGUAUUCACAGCACUGCCUAUGUUGCCGAAACCCUCUCACUGUGAUCUACAGUGUCUGGGAGUAGAGAGGAUUUGGCAAUAGGGUAGGGUAGGUUAAGGAAGUUUUUAUUUACUUUGAGGCUUUUGCGGAACAUAAUCACUGGAUUUGGGACUUGUUUAGACUGUGAUAAAGGAGCAUUAAAGUAAUAUUAAACCCAAAAGCACAAUACAAUAAACAUUCUCCUGUAAACUA